UCUCCGACCAAAUAAAAUCCCUACCAUUCAACCUUCCUUCCUUUUCAUUCCCAUUGCCACAGUAAACACAUCAUAAUCUCUCUCAGUCUGAUUCCAUCAAGAGGAGAAAUGCCCACCAUCUUCUGGAAGAACAUUCUCAAAUGCCUACCCACCAUAACCCCAUCCUCACAUCCAUUGCCCUCAGAUCAGUUGCAGGAGUAUAGGGAUCCAUUACCAUCACCCACUACCCUCAUCUCCCCCACCACAUCAAUUAUUAUCAAGAACUUCAACUCCCCCUACGACCUCUCCUCAGCACCCACCUCCAAAUCCCUCAGUACUCCCUCCACCAACUCCUUCUCCUCCUCUUACUCCGACUCAGACACCGAAUCAAAUCUUGAUUUUGCCACCAUUCUUGCCUCCCAACGUCUCUUCUUCUCCUCCCCUGGCCGCUCCAACUCCAUCAUUGAGUCCUUGCCAGAGCCCCAGACACCAGUCAGUGGAGGUGUUGCGAUUAAAAAGUAUUCACCAGAUCCUUAUACGGAUUUUAAACAUUCAAUGCAAGAGAUGAUUGAAGCAAGAGAGCUAAGGGACGUUAGGACUAAAUGGGACUACUUGCAUGAGUUGCUCUCUUGCUAUCUUAAAUUAAAUCCUAAACACACUCACAAGUUUAUCAUUAGUGCUUUUGCUGACAUAGUAGUUUGCUUAUUGUCUUCGCCCUCGCAGGAAUCCGACACACAACGGGAACCCGACGGCCUUCGUCGGUGACAUAAGGUUUCACGUUUCUUGGUGUGAUGUCAAUGAUGAACAUCUUUUAAAUUUUGUUUUGUUAUGUAAAAAGAAAGGGCAUUCGUGAUGCAUGUUAGAGGAGGCACGUUUUUUCGUUGUUUCGUGGAAUCACUUGUAUCUGGUACUGAAAAGGGAUGUUUUCAUGCAUGAAGACAGUUAAGGUCAUUUGCAAUGGGGGUAAAGUACAUUAUAAUAAGUUUGGAAACCAAGGAAUUCGCGUGGGAUGUUAAUGUCUCGAUGCAUGUUUUAAUUUUUAAGGGUUGUGUUGGUUUUAUGCAAAGUUUUGUGUGUUUUCUUUUCUUGUUAAGAGUUCAUACUUUGGACGGAUGUUUGAUUGGCUGGGAAAUUUGGCGAUGCAUGGCGGCAGGCAGCUAGAGUUCGUUUAUAUAUUCGCCUUGGUUUUUGCUGUGGUCCUGCGGGUGCUGAACCAGCAUCAGCAUCAACAACA